CAAACACAUUGGCCUAUGACUGAUCUCUCCACUCACUGCCCUCUUGUUUAGUCUGUUUGGAGUCACAGAAAAGGAGAGAUAAUCUUUUAACGCUCUCUGCGAAAUUAUGAGUAAGUCAUUCAUUGUUGUAGGAGUCAAACAGCACAGCUGAUUUAUCAUGUGGGAAUCACGUCUACCAGGGCAGGCAAUGCUGGUCCUUCAGGCUGGAGAGUGCUGAAUGUUUUAUUGAGCCCAUAAGAAGUAACUCGAUCUGAUAAAAGCAGACAUGAGUGACACCGUGGAGAACCUGGACACCAGGGAUCUGGGGUUCUCAGAUGCUGAGGAUGAACCUGAAGAGGUGGACUGCAAGUUCAACCCCUCAGGGGCUUCCUGUAUCCCUUUCUCUGCCGUGUACAGGACAAUUGGCUUUAAAGAGACAGAAGUGCAGGUCUACCUGACCACUGCCCCCAUCACUGCCAAGAUCCUAGAUGUGGAACGCUUCACCAGGGCCCCGGACCGCUUCAAAAUCUCCAAACACAGAGGCGUGUCCAAGGCAAUGCCAGCGGUGUUUAAGAUAGAGCUCAAACAUGGAAAUUUCACCUGGAUAGUCAAAAGAAAAGAGAAGCACUUCAUGGACCUUCAUAGAGAGCUUCUGCGAUACAAGACCCUCAUGAGGAUCCCACUGCCCACCCGAAGCCAUACUGAGAGAAGGAAGAGCAUAAAGAGGAGCGAGGUGAGGCGGAUGCCUGCACUACCUCGGGGAGGCAGAGACGAGUUGGCACGAGAGGAGCAAGUGUCUAGUCGGAGGAAACAACUGGAAGACUACCUAAACAAGCUGCUGAGGAUGUCAAUGUACCGAAAAUACUACGCCACCAUGGAGUUUAUUGAUGUAAGCCAGUUGUCCUUCAUUCAGGACUUGGGCCCUAAAGGCUUAGAAGGCAUUGUUUAUAAAAGAUCAGGAGGUCACCGUAUCCCAGGCAUGAACUGCUGUGGCCGCAAUGAAGUCUGCUACCGCUGGUCCAAGAGGUGGCUUGUUGUGAAGGACUCUUUUCUGCUGUACAUGAAGCCAGACACUGGUGCCAUUUCAUUUGUCCUGCUGGUGGACAAUGAAUUCAGCAUCAAAAUGGACUCCAAAUACACAGAGACCAAGCAUGGAGUGAGCAUUGAGAACCUGUCCAGGAAACUAGUGCUGAAAUUUAAUAGCUACAGACAUGCACUGUGGUGGAGUCAGGCCAUUGAAAGCUUUGUCCGGAAACAUGGCAAGGCCUUUUUAAGGACCCACCGCUUUGGAUCUUUUGCAAGGGAGGAGGAGAACAUACCCUCUAAAUGGUAUGUGAAUGGCAAAACCUACAUGGAGGAUGUUGCAAAUGCACUGGAGGAGGCCAAAGAGGAGAUCUUCAUUACAGACUGGUGGCUGAGCCCUGAGAUCUUUCUGAAGAGACCUGUGGUGGAAGGAAAUCGCUGGAGGCUUGACUGCAUUUUGAAACGCAAGGCGCAACAAGGAGUGAGGAUCUUUGUUAUGCUGUAUAAGGAAGUGGAGCUGGCACUCGGCAUCAAUAGUGAAUACAGCAAAAGAACACUAAUGCACCUUCACCCAAACAUAAAGGUGAUGAGACACCCGGAUCACAUGUCCUCCUCUGUCUACUUAUGGGCACACCACGAGAAGAUUGUAGUCAUCGACCAAUCAGUUGCUUUCGUUGGGGGAAUUGACCUGGCGUACGGCCGCUGGGACGAUCGUGAGCACCGACUGACAGACGUGGGGAGUGUAACACGUUCUGUUGCUCAGGCCAUAGAGCAGGGACUGGAUUCAUCCACACCCAGGAAAAAAGUGUCCUCCAGUGGAAAUAGCAGCCGGUCGAUGGUUGGUGACUCAGUGGACCUGCCCAAACUAAAAGGCAUCGGUCGCACUCGCAAGACACGUUUCAGCCUGUACCGUCAUAUCCAACGUGGCCUUCACCAUGCUGACAGCAUCAGUAGCAUCGACAGCACGAACAAGAGUGGCUCAGUGCACAGUCUUCAGACAGGAGUUGGAGAGUUGAUGGGAAACACACGCUUCUGGCACGGCAAAGACUACUGCAACUUUGUCUACAAAGACUGGGUUCAGCUGGACAAGCCUUUUGAUGAUUUUAUUGACAGGUACACAACCCCCAGAAUGCCCUGGCAUGACAUCUCCUCAGUGGUGCAUGGGAAAGCAGCCAGAGAUGUGGCCAGGCACUUUAUACAACGCUGGAACUUCACCAAAAUAAUGAAGCCAAAGUACAGAUCACUCUCCUACCCAUUUCUACUGCCCAAAUCUCACAGCACAGGCAAUGAUCUGAAGUACCAAGUGCCAGAGUCUAUCCAGACCAAAGUCCAGGUUCUGAGGUCAGCAGCAGACUGGUCGGCUGGAAUCAAGCACCAUGAGGAGUCCAUUCAUAAUGCGUAUAUUCAGGUCAUUGCCAAGAGCAAGCACUUCAUCUACAUUGAGAACCAGUUCUUCAUCAGCUGUGCCGAUAACAAACAUGUUUACAACAAGAUUGGUGAUGCCAUUAUUGAGCGAAUUAUCAGAGCUCACAAGGAGAAUAAAAAGUUCCGUGUGUAUGUGGUGACACCCCUGCUGCCUGGAUUUGAGGGAGACAUUACCACAGGUGGAGGAAGUGCACUCCAGGCUGUUAUGCAUUUCAACUACAGGACCAUGAACAGAGGAGAGUACUCCAUAAUCUCUCAGCUGAAGAAAGAAAUGGAUGACCAGUGGAUGAACUACAUCUCGAUUUGUGGUCUGAGGACUCAUGCAGAGCUGGAGGGCAGACUGGUGACUGAACUCAUCUAUGUUCAUAGCAAGUUGCUCAUCGCUGAUGACAACACUGUCAUUAUUGGCUCUGCCAACAUCAAUGACCGCAGCAUGUUGGGGAAGAGGGACAGCGAGGUAGCUGUGAUUUUCGAGGACUCUGAAACAACGCCAUCAGUGAUGGAUGGUCAAGAGUACCAGGCUGGCAAGUUUGCGCUGCAGCUCAGACUGGAGUGCUUCAAAACCAUUCUCGGUGCCUUUACUGAUCCAACCAUUGAUGUCAGUGACCCCAUCAGUAACGGAUUCUACAAAGACGUCUGGAUGAGCGUCUCGGGUCGGAAUGCCACCAUCUAUGAGAAGGUUUUUCGCUGUCUGCCCUCCAGUCUGGUGAGGAACAAACAGGAGCUCUUGAAUUUCCAGUCCAAAGCAGGUCUUGAUAAAGAGGACCCUGUUAAAGCUCUGGAGCUACUGAAGAAGAUUAGGGGCUUCCUGGUCCAGUUCCCACUGGAGUUUCUCUGUGAGGAGAACCUCAUGCCCUCAGUAGGCACCAAAGAAGCCAUGGUGCCCACUGAGAUCUGGACCUGAUGGCGCCAAAUCAGAACCACAAAAAAGACCAUCUGCUUCCAGCAUUAGGGGGAUACAAAACUCCACUGUGGCAGACGAAACUUUGUUUGUGAAACGCCACACCAACGGAUAUGAAGGAGCAAAGGACAAAUUGUCUGUCCUUUGUCAUGAAAGAAAUGGACAGCUUCAUAUUGUUUUGUACCUUUUAUCAAUGUUUUAAAUGUACAUAAUGAUAUUUUAUAAGCACAGUGAUUAUCAGCACAUAUUCUCAUGCUUUUACUAUAAUGUAUAAAUGAAAGUCUCCUCUCUGAGAUGCCAAACAGAAGGGCUUUUAGGUAAAUAAUAUAACUGUAAUGUACAUUUGAUUUUUAUUGCUAGAGCUGGCUCAUUUGUAAAGGCACCACUCAAAAUAAAGGGCAAAAUGGAGAGUGGAAGCCCUGUCAGAUAUAAUUUUGUCACUGCGGCCCAUUCUUCAGCACGGCAACCCCAGUGGAAGCGCAUCCAUGACAGGCUGAGGACAGUGAUAUGUGUUUUCUGUCUGGUGAACCUGCUCUUAGGCCGAGUCUGCAGAGGCUUUUACUGUCCAGCUUCACUGCCUGCGUCUAAGUGUCGGCGCUCUGGGGAGACCAGACAAUCUGUCUGUGAAUUAAAGUGCUGAGUAACUGAAGGAAAUUGGUGCUUCUCAACACCAAACAUCGACAUGUGGCGUCCAAUCCUACAUUUUCCCCUUCACAAAUGUGGCACAGGUAGAUUUUCACGAGUCAGCGCUUGUUGCCAUUUUCACAUUGUCCAUUGGUGUCUGAAUAUCAUCAGGUCAGCCAUUUUCUGCAAUUAUCAUUUUUUUAAACAUAUUUUUGAUGGUAUUUUCACAAAUAGUUUUUGUGAUUUUUAUUUUUUCUGCUUUUUCUUUUUUUCCCCUCUCAAAUAAAGAGUACUGUAUGGGAAUACACUACCAUUCAAAGUUUGGGGUUGGUACAAACAGUGAUAUUGUGAAAUUAUUACAAUUUAAAAUAACUGUUUUUAAUUUUAAUAUGUAAUUUAUUCUUGUGAUGGCAAAGCUGAAUUUGCAGCAGUUAUUAUUUUAAUAUGCUGAUUUGCUGCUCAAGAAACAUUUCUUAUUAUCAAUGUUGAAAACAGUUGUGCUGCUGAAUAUUUUUGUGGAAACCUUGAUUCUUUGGUGAAUAGAAAGUUUAAAAAAAAUUUUUUAUUUGAAAUAAGUCUUUUGUAACAUUAUAAAUGUCUUUACUGUCACUAUUGAUCAAUUUAAUGUAUCCCUGCUGAAAAAGUAUUCAUUUUUUCCAAAUCUUACUGACCCCUACCUUUUGAAUGGUUGUGUGUGAAUAUUUUCAACCAAUAUUGCUGCCAUAAUGUGACACAUUUCUGAGUGAAACUGGAUACUCGAUGAGAAUUUUAUCUAUCUGUAAUAUGUGGGCGUUAUAAACCAUAAUGGUGCCUAAAUACAAGCAUUUUUUUCUUUUUUUUCUGUUAAGUAUAAAAUGCACAGCUGAAUCUUUCACAAUUAGAGCUGGAAUAUGCACUGUGAAAGCAAAUGGGGGCCAUUUUAAUUUUGUUAAUGUUUCAUGUUGGCACUAAAAUGAUUUAGCAUAACUUCUAAAUCAGUUAAAAUGGAAGAGUUAAGAAUGUUGUUUGCUCUCUUUCUGAACAUAUAUCACUAUAUCUGAAGAUUAAAGCUUGCUGCAUCUUCUCUGAAUUGUUGAAAAGCCAAACCCGACUGAAUAACAUUGAGCUCUCAGGGAGAAACGAACUCCUGUGCUACCUUUUCUAGCACAUUUCAUUACCGGCAUGAUGUUUCUAGUUAUAUUAAUUGUGAAUUUGACAGCAAACUGUAUUUAGCCCUGGCUCCAUUUCGAUAAUGCAUUUGUACAGAGAAUUGUUUCAAAUAAAUCCAAAAACUCUUAAGUAAAA